CAGAAGCCCCGGACUCCUAAGCGGCUCCCACUGAGUCCCGGCGGCGGUGCCCACUCGCGCGCUCCGCGUGGGUCGCUUCGCUCUAGUCAGACGCCAGGGUCUGCCAUGAACCGGUGCGCUGACGCGCGGGCCGUGGCGGCCACUGUGCCGGGAGCUGGCGUCGGGAACGCGGGGCUGCGGCCGCCCAUGGUGCCCCGCCAGGCGUCCUUCUUCCCGCCACCUGUGCCCAAUCCCUUCGUGCAGCAGACGCGGCUGGGCGUGGCGAGGCGCAUCCAGAUUUUCUUCCUUGGAAUUAUCCUGCUUCCAAUUCGUGUCCUAUUGGUUGCAUUAAUUUUAUUACUGGCGUGGUUGCUGGCUGCAAUUUCAACAGCAUGCUGUCCUGAAAAGCUGACCCACCCAAUAACUGGUUGGAAGAGGAAAAUUACUCAUCCAGUCUUGAAGUUUCUAGGCCAUGCCAUGUUCUUUUCAAUGGGGUUUGUAGUUACUGUGAAAGGAAAGAUUGCAACUCCGUUGGAAGCACCAAUUUUUGUCGUUGCCCCUCACUCAACAUUCUUUGAUGGAAUUGCCUGUGUUGCAGCUGGAUUACCUUCUAUAGUAUCUCGAAAUGAGAAUGUGCAGGUGCCUCUGAUUGGCAGAAUAUUGCGGGCCUUGCAGCCAGUGUUGGUGUCCCGUGUAGAUCCAGAUUCUCGAAAAAACACAAUAAAUGAAAUAAUAAGGCGGGCCACAUCAGGAGGGGAAUGGCCCCAGAUACUAGUUUUCCCAGAAGGUACUUGUACUAAUCGGUCCUGUUUGAUUACUUUUAAACCAGGAGCCUUCAUUCCAGGAGUUCCAGUGCAGCCAAUUCUCCUCAGAUACCCAAACAAGCUGGAUACUGUGACUUGGACGUGGCAAGGAUAUACAUUCAUUCAACUUUGUGUGCUUACUUGGUGCCAGCCCUUCACAAGGGUGGAAGUUGAGUUUAUGCCUGUUCAAGUACCAAGUGAUGAAGAAAGAAGUGAUCCUGUCCUUUUUGCCAGUACAAUCCGGAAUGUAAUGGCAGAAGCUCUGAAAAUUCCAGUAACAGAUCACACCUACGAAGACUGCAGACUGAUGAUCUCAGCAGGCCAGCUGACACUGCCUAUGGAAGCUGGGUUGGUGGAAUUUACCAAGAUCAGCCGGAAAUUGAAAUUGGACUGGGAUGGGAUUCGAAAGCAUUUGGAUGAGUAUGCUGCUAUUGCAAGUUCCUCAAAAGGAGGAAGAAUUGGAAUUGAAGAAUUUGCAGAGUAUUUGAAGUUGCCUGUUUCAGAUGUCUUGAGACAACUUUUUGCACUCUUUGACAGGAACCACGAUGGCAGUAUCGACUUCCGAGAGUAUGUAAUUGGCCUGGCUGUCUUGUGCAACCCCGCCAACACAGAGGAGAUCAUCCAGGUGGCAUUUAAGCUCUUUGAUGUUGAUGAGGAUGGCUUCAUAACAGAGGAAGAGUUCUCCACCAUCCUGCAGGCUUCCCUUGGAGUGCCUGACCUUGAUGUUUCUGGUCUCUUCAAGGAAAUAGCUCAGGGGGACUCUAUUUCCUAUGAGGAAUUUAAAAGUUUUGCCCUAAAGCAUCCAGAAUAUGCUAAGAUAUUUACAACCUACUUAGAUCUCCAGACAUGCCAUGUGUUUUCAUUACCAGAAGAAGUCCAAGCAACUCCCUCAGUUGUAAGUAAUAAAGUCAGCCCUGAAAGUCAUGAAGAAAGCACCUCAGAUAAAAAGGUCGACUGAAAACAAAUAUUCCUAAUAAGGAAACUGCGGUGGCUUUUAUUUGAAAUUUCAAAGGCAUGUAUUGGUAAUAUUGUACUUGUGAUUGAGUAAGGAUGAUGUUUAAAAUAGCUUUUUUAUAAAAAUGAUAGAUUUU